CACCGGCGCUUGGGCCCUCUCACUCGAACUGCUUUUACGUCUUCUGAAAGUCAGAGGCUGAAGAGGGACUCGAAUUCAACUGAGGCUGUCUUUAAAACUGUGGAAAUGUUGAAGAGGAAUUGAAGGAGGCAAAGAAAUAAAACCGGCAUUUAAAAGAUUAAGGUCGCACCCAUGCCGCAGCACCGUUUCCACUCCGCUUGAAGAGGAAUUUGGCGCACUGUUGCGAUAAAAGGGAUGAACGAGGGUCGCUCUGCUACGACCCUCCUGAGAAGGUGCCACCUCGCCCGCUCCAAGGCCGACGGCGUCAGCUCCGUCCCGGCCAGCGCCGCCCUCCCCGGCGAAGCCGAUGGCGAUGUCACACAGGCUGAGAACGAAGGGAAAUUCUUGGCGGAGUUUUCAGACUUGUUCGAGAGUGCGGAUGGCUCCCCAUCUCCUCAGGACCUUGGUCAGGAUUCAGCCCAGGAGCUGGUUCAGCCCGGGCAGCCCGCGGAUGGGAGACAAAAUCUGCGGAUGAAGUUCCAAGGUGCUUUCAAAAAGGGCAUUUCCAACCCCAUGGAUCUACUGGAAUCCACCAUAUAUGAAUCAAAUGUGGUUCCAGGUCCAAAGAAAGCACCCAUGGAUUCCCUUUUUGACUAUGGCACCUACAGGAACACAAGUAACCAGAAACGACGCAGGAAGAAGCUGCCAAGAGGUAAAACAGAGACAUCCAACGAGGACGCUCCAAGCGAGGACCUCCCAAAGGUCAUGAAAGUAUUCAACCGCUCUCUCCUCUUUGAAUGCGUGUCACGCGGCGAUCCCGAUGCCUUGGAGGGCUUGUUGGAGUACUUGCAAAGUAACGAGAAGAGGCUGACGGAUGAGGAGUUCAAAGAACCGUCCACUGGUAAGACAUGUCUUCCUAAAGCCCUGUUGAACCUCUACAGCGGGCACAACGACACCAUCCCGCUGCUGGUGGACAUCGCAGAGAAGACGGGAAGCCUGAGAGAGUUUGUUAACACGCCUUUCCGGGACGUCUACUACAGAGGCCAGACGGCGCUCCACAUUGCCAUCGAGCGUCGCUGUAAGCAGUACGUGGAACUACUGGUGGAGAAAGGAGCUGAUGUUCACGCACAGGCCAGGGGGCGCUUCUUCCAGCCAAGGGACGAGGGCGGCUACUUCUACUUUGGUGAGUUGCCUCUCUCCCUGGCCGCAUGCACCAACCAACCUAACAUCGUGCACUACCUGACCGAGAAUCCCCACAAGAAGGUCGACCUGCGGCGCCAAGAUUCCCGCGGCAACACAGUCCUGCACGCCCUGGUGCACAUUGCCGACAACACCAAGGACAACACCCGUUUCCUCACAAAGAUGUAUGACCUGCUACUGAUCAAGAGUGCCAAACUGUACCCGGACUGCAGCCUGGAGAGCGUGCUCAAUAAUGAUGGCAUGUCACCUCUCAUGAUGGCGGCCCAACUGGGCAAGAUCGGGGUUUUUCAACACAUCAUUCGACGUGAGAUCAAAGAUGAGGACGUCCGUCAUCUGUCGCGCAAGUUUAAGGACUGGGCUUAUGGACCAGUGUACUCCUCCCUAUAUGAUCUGUCGUCAUUGGACAACUGCGGAGGUGAACCAUCUGUGCUGGAGAUCCUCGUCUAUAACAGUCACAGUGAGAUCCGUCAUGAGAUGCUGGCAGUGGAGCCCAUCAACGAACUGCUGAGGGCCAAGUGGCAGAAGUUUGCCGCUGUGACCUUUUACAUCAACGUGGUUUCCUACCUCUUCAACAUGAUCGUCUUCACCCUGGUGGCUUAUUACCACCCAACACAGGGAACGCCCCCGUACCCUUACACAACAUCCAGUGACUACUUACGGAUGGCAGGGGAGGUCAUCACGUUAGUAUCCGGAAUCUUCUUCCUCCUAACCAAUAUUAAGGACCUCUUCUUGAAGAAGUGCCCUGGGGUGAAGUCGUUAUUUAUUGAUGGAUCCUUUCAACUGCUGUAUUUCAUUUACUCGAUACUGAUCAUAGUCACAGCUGCGCUCUACUUGUCUGGUAUCGAGGCUUAUGUGUCCGUGAUGGUCUUUGCUCUUGUCCUGGGCUGGAUGAACACACUUUACUUCACCAGAGGCCUCAAGCUCACUGGUACCUACAGCAUCAUGAUACAGAAGAUUCUUUUCAAAGACCUGUUCAGGUUUCUGCUGGUGUACGUACUCUUCAUGAUUGGCUACGCAUCAGCCCUGGUAUCGCUCCUGACUGUGUGCCCCCCCCCGGGCACGGACUGUGACGGAGGCUGCCCGACGUACCCCAAGUGCAGGGACCCCGACACCUUCAGUACCUUCUUACUGGACCUCUUUAAGCUGACCAUUGGGAUGGGAGAGCUGGACAUGAUCCACAGCGCUCAAUACCCUGCAGUUUUCCUCAUCCUGUUAGUGACGUACAUCAUCCUGACCUUUGUGCUGCUGCUCAACAUGUUGAUCGCCUUGAUGGGGGAGACGGUGGGCCAGGUGUCGAAGGAGAGCAAAAAGAUCUGGAAGCUGCAGUGGGCAACAACCAUUUUGGACAUCGAACGCUCAUUCCCAGUUUGCAUUCGCAAGUCAUUUCGAGUGGGUGAGAUGGUUACAGUCGGGAAGAACUGGGAUGGAACGCCUGACCGACGAUGGUGCUUCAGGGUGGAUGAGGUCAACUGGUGCCACUGGAACCAAAACCUGGCAAUAAUCAACGAGGACCCUGGCAAGAAUGAGACCUGUCAGGCCAAUGGCCUUCAACAAAGUGUCCGAGGCUUGAGGAGAGACCGCUGGUCCACCGUGGUCCCACGGGCGGUGGAGUUAAGUCGGGGUCCGCGGCCUCGCGAUCUAGUCAUCGAGAUGGAGCCCCUGACGCCCCGGCACUGACGGCCACAGAGGACUAGCGCUGCAGUAACAAGACAGCAGAGACUUGUGUGCAUGAGGAGAUCGCACGCUGCUAACCGUCAUUUGCACAACUCACAUGUGCCUUUUUUUCAUGGGACCUCAUGCUAAAUAUUAUUGCCGGACAGCCAAUGGGAUUAUAAAGAGCUCUCAUAAACUGGACACUGGAUGUGCAACAUGUCCAAUAAUCUACUAAUUAAGGAGGAAAAAUCCUGAAAUCAAGAAUAUUACAUGUAAAUAUAUGUCAUAAACAUAAAGAUAUUCUGUGUUGCUGCAUUUUACUCAGGGAUUUGAGACAGUCACAGUAUUUCCAUGAAGAGUCAUGACUUGUGCUUACAGAAUCAUAAUUGCUGUACCAUUGCACUAACAGUGCCAAUGUUGUUUUAAAAUCUAUAAAUAAACAAUCUCAGCAGGAAGAAAAUACAGCAAUAAAUAUUUAUACACAUCCACUUACUCGCUUCCUAGUUUAGUGACCUUUAUAUGAUGUGACCAGUGAGUGUCUAUGUGCUGGUUGUAGUAUAUUUCUAUAUGGCAGAUGUAAUUAAAUUGUUUUAAAACUCGUCUCAAGCCUGGGCUGCCAGCUUAGGCAGGCAGCUUAUAUUGAAACAAAACAAUGCACUGUGCUCUUUCCUAAUAUGUGUCUCAUUGUUGCAAAACAAAGACAUUGUUCUGCAAAACAAAAAUGGGCAUGACGAGCAAGGUUACAGUUGUCAAGCAAGCGGAGACAAUAGCUUUCCGUGUUGUGGUUUGUCUUUGAAUUUCCAGAGUUAUUGUUCCUUGCAGCUGCGGGAUAUUUGCAUAAUCGAUGCGGAGGCCUUGCCUCUAUUUGCUUGAGUAUUUUCAGGGCAUUUGGCUCAUUGCCCCGCACAACAUCCUGUUUUUGUGCUUCCUAUUUAUAUAUGUGCUGCAUAAACAUUAGAUGCCCAUAUUUGAGUAAUUGUGCUUUCGUUUGAGGUGUGUAUAGAGCGUUCAUUUUCAUUGAUGCUUUAUAUCUGAAGGUCACAGGUCACAUUUCACUAUGUUUACAUACGUGUUAUAUCUAUAUUUUUUUGUACAGUUGAUCAUUGGUUCCAA